AUGUCUGAAGCUAACUUGGGAGACAAAGCGGUUCCAAAUGGACUGCCUGCACCACCAUUCUUCUUGCCCUACCCUGACAGGCCGGAGCUCAUCACGGAAAACCUGAUGAAGCUCGUCGAGCUGACACCGGAUCCGCGUCAUAAGUUCCUCGUGAAGACACUCAUCACACACUUGCAUCAAUUCGUGAACGAGACGAGUUUGACGACAGAUGAGUGGAUGGUCGCGCUCCAGUUCCUCACGCGCGUGGGCCAAACAUGCACGCCGCUGAGGCAAGAGUUUAUACUGCUCUCCGACGUGCUGGGUGUGUCCGCGCUCGUGGAUGCCGUCAACAACCCUCCCGUGAGUGGUGGAACGGAGAGCAGCGUGCUCGGCCCAUUCUUCACCGAGGACGCCCCAGAUGUCGAGAACGGCGACUCGAUCGCGUCGGAAGGCAAGGGCGAGUACAUGUUCGUCGAGGGCCGUGUGCUCAGCACAGACGGCACUCCCGUACCAAAUGCCCUCAUCGAAACAUGGGAAACCGAUGCCCUUGGCUAUUAUGAUACCCAAUACAAAGGCCGCGAGAAGCCGGAUUGCCGUGGCCGUCUGCGCACAGACAGUGACGGGAGGUACGGAUACCGCGCAGUAGUGCCGGUUGCAUAUCCCAUUCCAGGCGAUGGUCCUGUCGGAGAGCUGCUCAUCAAGAUAGGCCGGCACAACAUGCGCCCAAACCAUCUGCACCUGAUGAUCGAGGCUCCGGGAUUCAACAAGCUGACAACAGCGCUGUAUCCAGAGGGCGACGAGUGGCUGAGUAGUGACGCGGUCUUCGGCGUGAAGAAGUCGCUGGUAGUAACAUUCAAGGAUGUGCACGACGCAGCGGAGGCACGCAAACGCGGAUUCCCGAAGGGCGACUCGUUCAAGUUGCUGCAGUUCGACAUCAUCAUGGUGCCUGAAGACGAGUCCAAGGCCGCCCGAGAACAAUUCGCACGCGAGCAGGCGACGAGGCUCCAGCAGAAAAGUGGCGAGAAAUAA